GGGACCAGCUGAAGCCUGCCUCCGGGUGCGGUAUUUUCUCGCUGUGUUGAAGACCCAUUGGUGGCCUUGGGCUGUUUUCUGCUCUUUGGUCGGGUUGUUGUCUCUCGUUUCCAUUUUCAAUUUUAAUGAUGAUUUUAUGCUAUUUUUCGCCACGCCUAAUUCAAUACAUUUAAAUCACACCACAUGAACUUCAAUCAAAAAGUUAAAUUGUUAUUAAACCAACUGUCAAGCCUCCGGAAGCUAAAAGAAAAUGUCCGUCUUUUAUUUAGAUGUUAUGUAGGUAGUGGGCGUUUCCGGUUAGUUUCACUUUCGUUUUCAAUGUUUACCGCAACAACUUUGGAGGACUCUGUCUCAUGUAACCCAGUAUCCAUUAUAUUCUUUAAGUGGGACGAACAAAAACAGUAUGGAUAAAUACGUGUGACUGGUAAGAAUACAAUGAAAUCAAAAGCCACCAUGAAUAUACUGUUGAUAUCACAUCUUCAGAAAGGAAGUGGGAACCUGCAUACAAUUGAGAGAAUAAGAACAUAUUUGUCGGAUGUGGACUAUAAAUGCACUCUGACGUCACCAGAAGAGUUUAACGAUGAAGGCGAUUUGAAGAGCUAUGUGAAAGCAAACAGCAUUAAAUUAAUUAUAGGGCUUCAUGCAUUUCGCUCUGGCAAGUUGCUUCAAGAUUCAAAAAUGAAUUACAUAUUGAUAAUUGGUGGAACAGAUGUAAAUGAAGAUUACAGAAAUCAAGAAAAAAUGACUGUAAUGACACAAUCAGUUGUAUCUUCCAGGAAAAUCAUAGUUUUUAGCAACGGUCUUCGGCAGAAAGUACAAGAGCUAUGGCCGGAAAUGCCACAGAACAAGAUAUUUGAAAUUAAACAAGGAGUACAAACAUGUCCGUCCAAGUUUUCAUUGGCUGGCUAUAUACACCAGCACCACUCGGACGUUUAUACAACUGACAUGUCAAUAUGUAUAUGUGUCGGGAGUAUUCGACCUGUAAAGAAUCCUUUGUAUCUAGUGGAAGAAUUUUCAAAGUUACACGAGAGACGACAAAAUAUCAUUUAUGUUAUUUGUGGACAAGUGGUUGAUGAAGAAUAUGGAAAGUUGUUCAGAACGAAAAUUGAUAGUCUUCCAGGAGUUAUAUUUAUACCAGGAUUACCUCUGAUAGAUGCCCACUCUGCCAUUCAACAAAGUUUGGCAUAUAUAAACUGCUCAAAUAGUGAAGGAAUGGCUCUGGCGAUUUUAGAAGCAAUGAUGUUGAAAGUACCUGUAAUUGUACGUGAUAUUGAUGGCAAUAAAGAUAUCGUAGAACAUGGCGUUAAUGGUUUUGUAUUCUCUAAUCCAAAGCAAUGUAUAGAACAUGUGGAACAAUUAUUACUUGAUAAACAUUUACGAGAGAACACAGUACAAGGCGCCAGUGAAUAUGUACAGCGAGAACAUAGUGUUGACUCUGAACGUAACAAGUAUUGUGAUGUAGUUCAGUCUUGCAUGGAAUAACGAAGACAAUUUAAGAACAUUAUUAAUGAGCUUUAACUUGCGGUUUCGUUUGGAUUUUUUGAACCACCGUUUUUUCAGUAUUCGUCAACAGAAUUUGUCUUUCUUUAUUAUUUUAUUUUUACUUUUCUGUUUGUUUGACCUUCAAUUGCAUUCCUUUUUGUAUCUCUUUUUUUUCUUUUCUAGUCUCAGGUCAAUAUUGAACUAAACACCAUGCAAAUAUUCUGACCCAUAUAGUAUAUGAGGUCUGGAUGAGGGGUUUUUAUACGACCGCAAAAAUUAAAAAAAUUUUGGUCGUAUAUUGGUAUGACGUUGGCGUCGUCGUCGUCGUUGUCGUUGUCGUCGUCGUCCGAAGACACAUUGGUCUUCGCACUCUAACUUUAGUUUAAGUGAAUGGAUCUCCAUGAAAUUUUACCAUAAGGUUCAAUACCACUAAAGGAAGGUUGGGAUUGAUUUUGGGGGUUAUGGUACCAACAGUUAAGGAAUUAGGGGCCAAAAAGGGGCCAAAAAUAAGCAUUUUUAUAACUUCCAGACAAUAACUUGUGUGUAAGUGUAUGGAUCUCUCUGACAUUGUACCACAAGGUUCCAUAUCACAAAGGGAAGUCUAUAAAUGAUUUUUGGGGUAAUUGCCUCAAAAUUUUAGAAAUUAGGGGCCAAAAAAGGUGCAAAAAACAAGCAUUUUUCUAGUUUCAUGACAAUAACUUGUGUGUAAGUGUUUGGAUAUUUCUGAAAUUGUACUACAAGGUUCCAUAUCACAAAGGGAAAGCUGGAAUUGAGUUUGGGGGUAAUUGCCCGAAACGUUUAGGAAUUGGGGGCCAAAAGGGGGCCAAAAAUAAGCAUUUUUCUAGUUUCCAGACAAUAACUUGUGUUCAAGUGUAUGGAUCUCUCUGAAAUUGUACUGCAAGGUACCAUACCACAAAGGGAAGGCUGGGAUUGAGUUUUGGGGUGAUGAAUCAUAAGGGGGUUCAAAAAAUUUGGGGGGGGGGGUUUCUUUUUUUUUUCUUUUUUUCUUUUAAAAUUUUUCAUUUUAAGUUGGUUAUUUCUGAUUUAUAUUUAAAAGCAAAUAAUAAUGAUAUGGUAGGAGAUACACACCAAACAGGAUGUGUAAAUUAUUAUAUAAUAAGUAUUGUGCAAUAGCAAGAAAUUUUCAAUUGCACAGUAUUGCACAAUAGCAAGAAAUCUUCAAUUGCACAGUAUUGCGCAAUAGCAAGAAAUCUUCAAUUGCACAGUAUUGCGCAAUAGCAAGAAAUAUCCAAUAGCACAAUAUUGCGCAAUAGCAAGAAAUUGUCAAUUGUACAGUAUUGCGCAAUAGCAAGAAAUAUUCAAUUGCACAGUAUUGUGCAAAAGAAGAUACUUUGUAUAAAUUGCUUAUUUCUUGAUCAAUUUCAAUGGGGUUUUAUUCUUGAAAUUCUUGGGGUUCUUUAAUAUGCUGAAUCUAACCGUGUAUUAAGUUUUUGGAUUUUGGGCCCCGUUUUUAAAUUGGUCCACAUUGAGGUCCAAAGGGUCCAAAAUUUAACUUUGUUUGAUUUCAUCAAAAAUUGAACUAUUGGGGUUCUUUGAUAUGCCGAAUCUAACCGUGUAUUUAGAUUCUUAAUUUUUGGUUCCGUUUUCAAAUUGGUCUACAUUAAGGUCCAAAGGGUCCAAAAUUAAACUUAGUUUGAUUUUAACAAAAAUUGAAUUUAUAGGGUUCUUUGAUAUUCUGAAUCUAAACAUGUAUUUAGAUUUUUGAUUAUGGGCCCAGUUUUCAAGUUGGUCCAAAUCGGGGUCCAAAAUUUAACUUUGUUUGAUUUCAACAAAAAUUGAAUAUAUGGGGUUCUUUGAUAUGCUGAAUCUAACCAUGUAUUUAGAUUUUUGAUUUUUUGGGCCCCGUUAUCAACUUUGUCCACAUUGAGGUCAAAAGGGUCCAAAAUUAAAACUUUUUUGUUUGGUUUCAUCAAAAAUUGAAUUCUUGGGGUUCUUUGAUAUGCUGAAUCUAACCAUGUAUUUAGAUUUUGGAUAUUGGACCAUAAUAGGUGAAUGUCCAAUUUAAAAUUUUUAAGUUCUUAGACCACAUUCAUUCUGUGUCAGAAACCUGUGCUGUGUCAAAUAUUUAAUCACAAUCCAAAUUCAGUGCUGUAUCAAGCUUGAAUGUUGUGUCCAUAGUUGCCCCAACUGUUCAGGGUUCGACCUCUGCGGUCGUAUCAAGCUGCGCCCAGCGGAGCAUUUUAUUUAUUUCUGUAUUCGUUAAUUCUUAAUGCCAUCUUUCUCUGUUCUUUAUUUAUUUUGACCAUUAUAUUCUUUAUUUUGCAGUACUCCAUUAUUCUCUAUUCUUAAAUUUGUUUGCCUAUUUAUCGCUAUUCUUUUAUUGUUUGUCUCUUUUUUCUGUGGUCGUUGUCCAUUACUUUCUUUUCUGUAAACCCAAUCCAGACUAUUGUUUAUGUUAUGUGAUCGGCGGAUGAUUCUUUUUUUUAAGAGUUGAAUGGUAAGUACUAAUGAAAAUGUAAAGCUUGUAUUGCAGGAGAGGAAGGUCUGUUUAGGUGGUUGAUUAAAAUUUAUCUACUUCUCAUUAUAUAAAAAUAAUUCAAAGAAAAGCUUCAUCAAGACAAUCAUGUUGCCUCUAUAAACAAGAUUUUUAGCAUGCAUUUAUAAAAAGUGGUCCCAUUUUUCUAAAUAUAUAUAUAAAUAUAUAUAUAUAAGGCGAUGUGGCAUGUCUAACGAAACAAAUAUCCACAUGAGACCAAAAGGACGUUGAUGUAAGCAAAAGUAUAUGAUCACCUUGUGAUGUUAAUUUCUCAAUCAAUUUACAGAUAUACUUAUUUAUAAUUUUUACAGCAUGUAUUAGGGCAGAAUAUUGUGAUAUUGAUAUUUUUAUAUUAUUUAUUAUUUGUUAUCAUAUCUCAUUAAAUAUUGAAUAAAAAAAA